AAAAAAAAAAAAAAUCCCCACAUGCCAACUUUCGCCGAAGAAAUCCACCGCCGUGCUCCGCCGCAAAACCUCAGCCGAAGCCAGAGGAAUCUCCUCCUCUUCUUUCUCAAAUGCGUGAUAAUGCUUGUGGUGAUGUCCCUCUUCCUCUUCUUCCUUGGCUUCGCCGCCGUCGUCCUCCUCCACUUCCUCUUCAUGUCCAACACCUUCCACCGCCGCUGCACCCGCCUCCUCCAACCCACCACCAACCCCGCCGAAUCGCCGCCGCCGCCCGUCCACCCCCUUCUCCCCGACGUGGCGUACACCGCCGCGGCUUUCCCGAGGACAUCGGAUUGUGCGAUCUGCUUGGAUUCCUUCCGGGAAGGAGAGGCGUGUAGGAAUAUUCCGGUUUGCAAGCACGUGUUCCACGCGAAGUGCGUCGAUAGAUGGAUUAGGAAGAAGCCCACUUGCCCCGUUUGUCGAACCCGGGUCGACCCGGAUCCUGCCGGUUCACCCGGUUCGAGAAUCAACGGUGACGAUCAAUGGAAGAGGCUCUGGGUUGUCAAUUUCGAGCAGGGCACUUCUUAUUGACCGUUAAUUUGAAGAAUAUUCCGUUUAUUCAGAUGGAAUAAUUUUUUUAAGUCUUGAAUAUUUGUAUUCUUCUAUUUUUCUUUUUCUUUUUAUUUUUAUUUUAAUGUAUGUAAAUAUAUCCUCUUUUUGAGAUGAUGAUCAUGUAUCUGAAGAUGAUGUUAGAGAUAUUUUUUCUCCUUUUGUUUUAAGGGUAUUUUCGGAAAUUCCUUGUGGAUAAGAUCAACUUACAGACAUGUAUAUUAAUUGACAAA